AUGUACUCAUCGGUUGGCUCCAGAAGUGACCAAAACAUUGGUUACAAUGAUCUGAGUGAAGAUGGAUCAGUCAGUGAUGACACUCUUUUAGAGACAAUCGACGAUUCACUUGAUAUAAGUUAUUUGUGUAUCAGUUAUAGUGACAAUAAGUGUGGAUCAACUCUUUACUAUUCAAACACUCACUCCAUUCAAGUGAUACAAGAAGUUGAAGACAAUGACUUUGAUUCCGUUUUCUUACUUUUGAUUCAAACUCAACCAAAACAUGUGAUAAUCAGCUCAAGAACUGAUCCAAAGCUGAUUGAAUUGUUGAAAACAUAUUCUAAUAAUAAGACUAAUAAUGAAUCACAAAUUACAGAUCAACCGAUCGGAUCCACCACUGGAUCGACAAAUAUAUUUACAAAUGAGAGUUCAAUUGAUGUUAAUUCAAAUAUUGAUAAUAAUCUUCAAACGUCUCAAUCAUUUGCGGAUCUCUUAUUGCAAAUGGAUUUAAAGUUUGUGUUACAUAUCGUUUCAAAUAAUUUAUUCAAUUUCGAGAAUUCAAAGACACGGAUCUUAUCGAUUGAUUUCGACAAUCAUUUUAAUGUUGAGUUUAGUGACGAAAAACAAAAGAUUUUGUAUAUAUCGUCAAUAUUUGACUUUUCGGAUAACAAUACGUUUCGAUCGUUUGGAGCUUUACUUAGAUUUUUGGAUCAAAACUGUACCGAAAUUCAUAUGCAAACCGAGGGAUCAAUGGUUGAGAUCUCAAGUAUAUCUCGUCUAUAUUUACAACAAUUAGUGGCAAUUAAUCGCAACGCUUAUGAAUCGCUACAAAUCUUUCGACAAGAAUGGCAUCCGUCGGCAGCAAAACAAGGAUUCAAUGCUAAAGAAGGUCUCAGUUUAUACGGACUUUUUAACUGUUGUGUCUCUAAAGUAGGCGCCGCUUAUCUGAGAAAAAUCUUUCUGUUGCCCACUCAAGACGUGGACAUUAUUUUGGACCGAUUGAAUGCUAUUGAGUUCUUCGCCACACCAAAUAAUAUGGGACUCAAAAACAAUGUUUUACAUUAUCUUAAACACAUCAAGAGUGUUACCACUCCUUUCAAUAGAUUGAUGACCAAUAGAUUCUCUGUUAUGGAUUUGAAGACACUAUUCAAUAAUUUAAUAAAUGCCAUAAAUAUUAGAGCCAUAGUUAGCAGACAACAAACAUCAUUACAAAUAUUUGAUCAAAUAAUGUCAAUUGAUAAAGACAUGGAUGAGAUGGCAAUUGUUAUUAACAAAAUUGUUGAUUUGGAUAAAACAUUUAAAUUGCAAACGUUUGAAAUCAAUUAUGGCAUUGACCAUGAAUUGGAUAACGCAAGAAAUCAUUACAUUCACAUCCCGAAGAUAUUGCAAACCGUGGCUUUAAGUGAAGCUCAAACAUAUGGACCACUUCUCAAACAAUGCGAUUGUGUUUAUAUCCCACAAAUUGGUUUUCUCACGAGUAGUCUUUGUGAUCUAUCUGUUCCCACACCGACUACAAGCUAUAAUGACUUGAAUGAGUCUGGACUUCACUAUCUAUUAAAAGCUGGUAAUCGAGUUUAUUACAAAACAAUGAGAACUAAACAAUUGGAUGAAGAAUUUGGUGACAUUCAACCAGAAAUACUUGACAGACAAAUUCAAAUAAUGUUUAAAUUACAAGAAAUGAUGGCAACUAAGAGACAUUUGUUUCAAUCAAUAGUUAAAUUUUGUGCAAAAUUGGAUGCUUUGAUAGCUAUGUCUCAAACGGCAGUCAAUUAUGGAUAUAUUAAACCUAAUAUAAUAAGUGGUGAAACAAUUGAAAUAAUUGACGGCAAACAUCCACUCAAUGAAUUAGUUUCACAAUCUUUUGUUUCAAAUGAUUACAAAAGUGGUGAACAAUACACUAAAAUUAAAUUGAUUUCGGGUCCAAAUGGUUGUGGAAAAAGUAUUUAUUUGAAACAAAUUUGUUUGAUUGUCUUUAUGGCACACAUUGGCAGUUAUGUACCGGCAGUUAAAGCAAACAUACCAAUAGUUGACCGCAUAUUUACCCGAUUGCAAACACCGGAAUCCAUAACUAGCCGAUUGUCAACAUUUGUGUUGGAUUUAAAUCAAUUGGCGAAUGCAACUAAAAAUGCCACAAAACGUUCACUUGUAGUGAUUGACGAGUUUGGAAAAGGCACUCAAUCUGUAGAUGGAUUAGCUCUAAUGGCCGCUAGUAUUGACUAUUGGCUCAAUAAUAUUAAACCACAUCUUUUAGUGUCUUCUCAUUUCCAAUAUUUGCCAUCAUUUCUAAGCAAAACUCAUUUAUAUAGCUGUCAAACAUUUGAAUUUAUUAAAGAUGAACAUCAAUUGGUUUAUUUGUUUAAACUCAUUGAUGGACAUAUCAAUCAGUCAAUUACAUCACAUAUCGCUUACUUAUCAUCAAUACCUGUACCAGUAAUUGAAAGAGGACUUAAUAUAUGUCAAUCUAUAUCGACUAAAGAAAUCAUAAAACCGUUAAAUAUUGAAGAAAUGCAAAAUAAAUUCAAAGAUUGUAUCAGAAUUGCCACAGAAUUUCUUGAAAGUGACACUAAUUGUGAUGAAUCGAUUCAUCAGUUUUUUCAAUCAAAUUUCGUUUCAACUGAUAAUUCAAAUGAUCAAACUUCUCAUUAA